AUGGAGCCCCCGGCCCGGUUCUGGUUCCGCUCCCGCCCCGAAUUCUGCCCCGAGUGCGGCUCCGUCCUGCCCCGGCCCGGCCCCGGCAGCUGCUGCCGCUGCCCCCGCUGCGGGCUCGGCCUGCGGAGCUCAGGUUUGGGGCAAAAAACCCAAAAUAAAUCCAAAAUCCAAGUGGACAGGGUCUGUCCCCGCUGCGCCCACUCGGGGAUGUGGUUCCACACCCGCCAGAUGCGCUCGGCCGACGAGGGGCAGACGGUUUUUUACACCUGCCCCCGCUGCAGGUUCCAGGAGAAGGAAGAUUCCUGA